AUGCCCUACAACUCAUUCAGCUCUUCAGGCCCACAAGCUACCAAGCUUCUCCAGAGAGCAAAGGGGUUCAAGCCUAGAGGGAAGACCAUGCGUGUUCUGCUUGGAUGCGUUUUCUGCGCUGCUGCCGCCCUCAUGCUGUUCUUGAGGGCAGAGGCUUUGCCUGUUGCAGCUGGUGAUUCCUCCGGGGAAGAAGAACUUAGCGACGAGCCCUCGGCCAGGACUUCGCCAACCAGAAGCCCCCAGCUGACAAAGAGUGUGUCUUUGGCUCGGUGGCUUCAAGGAAGAGCUGCUGGGUUGACUAAAGAGCUGUGCGAGAAGCAAAAUGUAUGUAAAGGCAGUAUGGAACUACUGGCCCUGAAUAAUCUCCACCUUCCAAAGAUCACUCCAGAAGAUAAAUGCUAUUACAUUGGAUUUGACAAGGAAACAUGCCUGGGAAGAAUUUCAAGUGGACUUUAUGCAUUUCAGACAUUCUUGGAAUAUUUAGAAGCAACUUCUGUUACUAAUGCACAUAUAUUUGGGCCAAGUGCAGGGCACCUAGCAAAUACCUUGAGGUCAAUGCUAAAGUACAGUUCUCUGAAGUAUCUUUUCAGCUUUUUCAAGGUCUUCAAAUUCCACCUCUGGCCAGUCAUUUUACCUUCAGCUCUUCCAGCAUCUAAUGCUUGUGGUUCCUGCUCCUUCUUAGCUCUUAUCUCAAAUGAUGUCAACUUCCAGAUCAACAAUCCUGAGACUGUAACUUUGCCAGAUCCAGCUGCUCAGAAAAUUCUUUCUGCAAAACUACAAGAAAACAGAGGCUGGAGUGUUACAGUUAUCAAGCACCUCAUACUUCAAGAGUUUACUACAUUUAUGGAGAAAACUACAAGGGCUAUUCGCUUCUUAUGAGAAGCCAGGAGUUCUAGUGUCUGUUUUAGAAUU